AUGGAGGACUUCUACGCUGGCAAAGGACUCUUCCUCACGGGAGGCACAGGCUUCAUCGGCAAGGUCGUCAUCGAAAAGCUCCUGCGCUGUACGCCCGACAUUGACAAGAUCUACGUGCUCGUGCGCCCGAAGAAAGGCCGGUCCGCCGCCGACCGCCUCGAGUCGGACGUCAUUAGCAGCGCCAUUUUCAACCGCCUCCGGUCCGAGCGCAGCGACUUUGACACGUUCAUGUACCACGAGCGCAUCAUCGCGCAUUACGAGUCGUGCUCGCUCGAGACGCUCCAGAACGCACUCGCGAUCCUCGAGCGUUGGAGCGUCGUGCACAUGGUCCAAGAGCCCGCCAAGACCCGCGGGGCCACGCCGCGGACCCUCGUCCUUCUCACGCAGCGUUACCACGACGGCAAGGAACUCGACGUGCUUGCGCGGCGCCUCGCGACCUUCCGCAAGGUGCCAUUGGGCGGUCCCAAGUCGAUGGACAUUGCGGACCUCCUCGCCGAGAUCCCGGGCCUCGCCAAGCUCUAA